UUCCAUUCAAACAUUCAUUCAAAGUCCCUCGUCGUGGAACGUUCUAGAAUACGGAACCUCAUUCAAAUAUUUGAACGAUUUCGGCUCAUUUCUGAGGUCUCUGCUCUGGAGGUCUGAACUUCCUUCACUGAUCACUGCAAGAAGCUCUAAUCAAACUCUAUUCUCAUCUCAUUCCUGAAACUUGUCUCAACAAAUCACACAAUGUCUCAACAAAUCAGCCUCCCUGCCAAACUGAUCAAUGGUGGCAUUGCUGGCAUCGUUGGGGUCACUUGCGUGUUUCCCAUCGAUUUGGCCAAGACUAGACUCCAGAACCAGAGACAAGGCCAGCAAGUCUACAAGAGCAUGGUUGACUGCCUCAUCAAAACCGUACGAUCUGAGGGAUACUUUGGCAUGUAUAGAGGUGCUGCGGUUAAUCUUACACUCGUCACUCCUGAGAAGGCCAUCAAACUGGCUGCCAAUGACUUCUUCCGUUGCCACCUCUCCAAAGAUGGGAGAGGGCUGACUGUAUUUAGAGAGAUGUUGGCUGGAUGUGCUGCGGGCAUGUGCCAGGUUAUCAUCACUACUCCAAUGGAGAUGCUGAAAAUUCAACUGCAGGAUGCUGGGAGACUAGCCGCUCAGCAGAGAAAACCAGGCAUAAUUCCGCCCAAUAGACUGGUGACCACAAACGCGGUGUUGAGUCGCUCCUACAACGUGGUGCCCAACACCUCACCCAGGGCCGUAUCUGCCACCCAGAUCGCAAGAGAGUUACUGCACUCUCAAGGCAUUCAGGGGCUCUACAAAGGCCUUGGUGCAACUCUAUUAAGAGAUGUACCUUUCUCGAUCAUCUACUUCCCUCUCUUUGCAAAUUUGAACAAGUUGGGUAAGCCCUCCCCUGAUGCAGCUGCACCAUUUUAUUGGUCCUUCAUCUCUGGAUGUGUUGCAGGCUCCACAGCUGCUGUUGCCGUUAACCCAUGUGAUGUGGUUAAGACCAGGCUGCAGUCUCUGAGCAAAGGAGCCAACGAGGAAACCUACAGCGGCAUAAUUGACUGUUUCAGCAAGGUCAUGAAGCGAGAAGGCCCGUCUGCUUUCCUGAAGGGAGCAGGCUGCAGGGCUCUAGUCAUCGCACCACUGUUUGGUAUUGUGCAGGUCAUGUACUUCAUCGGCGUGGGAGAGUUUAUCAUGAGCCAGUCCUCACUAAAGCUAAUCUCUGACUGAACAGACCCCAGUACCUCUCAUACUGUGGCAGCUACACAGCCAACUGUACAUUUACAAGAAAAGAUAAACAUUAAUCAAGAUGGUAGAGUUGUUGAGAGAACGGCAACUUCUACUCUGGUUAAAUUCUUGUGAGUUUUUUCCAGCCUUACCGCACUUCCUCUAUGGUUUACAGGCUUAUUUGAUGGGCUGUGGCCAGCAUUUUGCACUUGUUGGUAAGGAUGUAUCUGAAGGAGAGCGCUUAAAACGUGCUUACCUUUUCUAGAAGCAUAUGUGAAAGUUUCCCCUCAAUGAGGGGAGACUGGUGUCACUGUAAUGACACUAAUGAUUUGUUGACUUUUUUUCAUCUAUAUAUCUACAAUUCUUUUUGUAUUAAGUCUCCUUUUUCCUACUCAAUGUAUUUGUGUUUCUGUUCUUGCCACUGUUUUCAGUCUCUAAACAAUUGGGUUACUUAAUGCUUUUGAAGCUUUCAGACCUUGUAACUCUAAAUUGUUAACAGUUUUAGGGAAUGUCAUUGACUUUCAUUCUGUUUCGUUUCAUCAGAUGCACAUUGUGCUCCAUUUCAGUCUUUGAGCUGAUUUUGGGGAAGGUACACAAGGUGCUGUCUAAAAUGCAGUAUGCAAUGACAACCUAAAACAGCCUAACAUAAUGCAUAUUGUAUUUAUGCAAUAUUUUGUCACUUUGAUGAUGUGCAUUUAUUUUUCCGUUAUUCUGUUAUUUUUACGACUAGCUUCUAGGGAUUUCUAAUCCCAAAGCAUAGGUCAUUAUUUUUUAGGUCAUGUGUUUGCCUUAAAUUAAGACAAGCUCUUCACAAAGUUUGAGGGACCUAGCCUUGAGCAAAAGGCUGUAUAAGUGCUGUGAUGUUUGAUGACAGUAUUAACAUCUUCCUACAAUGACACCUCAAUGCAACCAGGAUUAAUUUCUGUUUAAUGUAAUGGUCUAAUUCAACAUUACAAAAAUGAAUAAAAAAAAAUCAAGUUUACUUGUGUGAGCUCUGUUUUAAAGUUGCUCAGGCUUUCAUAACCUGUGACCAUAUUUUAUUUCAAAGCCAUUUAUAUGCAACGAGAGAGUUAAAAAAAAAAAAAACUUGACAUUAAGGGUCAUUACAAAAAUGUGCAUAUUAUUGUAAUUGCAAACAUGUUUAUAAUGGGGCUUUGUCAGUUAUAAAGGCACAUAGAUCAAUAAAACUAGUGGGUCACAUUACUGAACAGACCUGCAGAGAAAGAGAAAAAAGCAGAAGUGGUUUAUUUACUUUAGCCAUGUUUUUGGUUGGGCUGGGUUUUUGCAAUUGUACAGCAGUAUUGAAAAUUACGCUUGAUCUCCCUAAAAACUGGUUUGCGCUCUUCACAGAUUUAAAAUCAGCCAAGAAAGAAAAGUAAUGUAUUAACCGGUUUAAAAAAAAAAAAAGAUUAAACCAUUGACACUGACUCAAAGUCAACAUGAAUCAAACAAUUUUGAGGUGUUUAUUGUCUGGAACGUGGAGGAUGAAAGUUGAGUUUCCUCUCAACAGUAACAGUUUUUCUUCUCUAUUAUUGCUAUAAUCAUUAUUACAUUACCAUUAACCAACAUAAAAUUACUACUGGCAAGAUUUUCAAAAGGUGGCCUGCGAGAGUAUUUGUUUUCUGGUUAACAUUAACCAAUAGCCCAUUCAAUAGCUGUGAGAGCAAAAAGUAAAAAAAA